AUGGUUUACAAGGAGCAAAAUGACCAGAUUGACGCCACUUCUGGGGUUUUAACACUCAUGUGGCUUUCAUUGCUGGAAAUGACUCAUGACUUAUAUAUUUCACAAGUAGAUGAUACUCUCGGUGUGUUCCACACGCACGCGGUGGCCGGGUUGUUGGGCGGCCUCCUCACGGGGCUGUUGGCGGAGCCAGAUCUGUGCAGGCUCAUACUACCGAGAGACACAAGGGGUGCAUUUUAUGGUGGGAAUGGAGGGACUCAAUCCAAGAAGCAAAUAAUAGCUGCCUUGUUUGUUGCUGCUUGGAACGUAGCGUCAACCACUAUAAUUCUUCUGCUAAUAUGGAUGUUUAUGCCGUUAAGGAUGCCCGAUAAACAACUCGAGACCGGAGACAACGCCGUCCAGGGAGAGAAUGCGUGUGCUCUUUGGGGCGAUGGAGAAAAUAUGACACGACGAGGCACGGUUGGCAUAGGGCUUCGUACUCGGAGGUGA